AUGGUAGAAAUAUACAUUAAUAGACAACGUAGUGAGGAGCUGGAAUUACAGUUGACAGCAGAUUGGAAUUUGAAUCUACCUAAAGACUUAUCGCUUUGCGAGGACAUUUCAAAGACGAUCGAGAGAGCAAUAUCGAAGCUCCGGGAGUCGAACACAUAUAUGCGUUCCGUAUCUGAGAGUGGCGAGGAUGUAGAACUGGAAAAGUAUAUAAAAGAAAACGAAAUGGUAAUACGCCGUAAGAUUUACCAGCUCAACCAGGUUAAAACGCAUAUGGACAAACUACGACCCGAUAUGGACAAGGCAGAAAAUGUCUAG